AUGUCCGGUGCUGGCCAGCGGCGCCCUCCGAGAAGCCGAGGACAGCGGGGUUACGGAACGCUACGAUCCCUCACGCCAACUGCUCCGCCCAAUGGCAACUUCCGGGGCCGGCUUUUCCGCUUCCGGCCGCACAGCGCCCAGUCUCGCGAAAGGACGGCGGCCCGCCACGUGGGCGGGGCUUCCUUCAAAGUCCCGUUUGUGACUCACACGGAGCUGGUGCCAGCGCAGGACGGAGGUGCGGGGACUCGACCUGCGCCGGCAGGGGCUCUGGGUUCACCUAUGGGACUUUCCAAAAGCAAACACCAUAUCAGGAAAGCUCCGGAGCAAAAGAAGGAGUCCGUCUAUUCCGUUUCCAAGGAGAAGGCGCUGGAGAGGUACUCCCUAGAGGCCAGGCAGGCAACUAGGGGGUCUCAAGACAGCAUCCCUAAGUCUUCAGAGAGCCUCCAGCUGAGUAAAGGGACGUCCAGACCCGAGCAGAAGUGGUCUUCUGCCUCAUCUGAAGUUGAAGAGAAACCUGAAUCUGCAAAGUCAAGCAAGACAAUCACCAUCCCACGAAUCGUUAUCACACGCACCUCCGACACCCUCCUCACUUGCUGCUCCACGGAAAUCCAAGAUCAAAUGACCAUCAAAGAACAUGCCGGGUGGGGCCCCCUGGCCCGGCAUAGGAACCCCAGCACAGUGGACGCAUACAGUUCACAGAACAGGGAAUAA